CGAGACACCCAACACGGCUGCCGACCACCGACCGUGAGAGAGCCACGGGCAACCGACCACCGACCGACCGGUUUUCGGUUUUAGGCUCGGUUAACCACAUACCCGGAAAAAAAUACCCAUUCCCUCUAAACGUCAGCGUUUAGCUAAUUUUUAUAAAAAAAAAACUUUUACAAAAAAAAAAAAACACAGAGACUUCCUUCCUCACCAGAAAACUACCUUUUCUAAAAAAAAAAAAAAUUAAAAAAUACAAAAAAUCUGCACCACACGUCCACACCCACCAAACCUUAUCUCCUCUCUUCUUCCUUCCUCCACCAAACCUUAUCUCCUCUUCUCGAUUUUCUCCUUCCUCCUCUCUUCGAAUCACAAUCCUCAACCUCCGGCGGCCGAGAUCCGCAGGUACCCGGCCGGAGACCGACCUCCUCUGGAAUAUGCCCGAAGAUCCGCGGUUGGAGGGCGACUAGCUGCCGGAGUUAUGAUGUGCGCGGCGCCACGGCGAGGGGCGACGAGCUGCUGCUGGCGUUGCCUGGCUGGAGCUGCGGCGGAUCGUCGAGGUGGAGGCGGCGAGGUGGAGGGGGAAGAGGAAGGUCGCUGCUGGCGACCUGGCGUUGCGGCUGGAGCUGCGGCGGCGAAACAUGGUGGAGGCGGCGAGGUGGAGGCGGCGAGGUGGAGGGGGGAGGGGAAGGGUUGAGCGGCGAAGGUCCUCGUCAGUCGUCACCAUGCCUUCCGAGAGAGAGGAUCAGGUUUCGCAUGCAAAAUUGAAGAAGGGAGAAGAAAAUGAAAUCGAGUUUGAGAAGGGAGGAGAAGGGGUCGUUUCUGAUUCAGAGGAAAGCAAAAGAGGGGGAAGCAAAUGAGGCUAGGGUGUUUGUUAGGGAGUUGAUUUAGGGUUGAGGGAGGAGGAUUGAAGCGGGGUCGUUUUGGGGAAAGGGAAGGGGUCGGUUAGCCGGUUAACCGCCGGUUUCUGACCCCGGUUAGUCGGCUAACCGGCCCCAUGAAUUCUCCCUCCGCAAACCGACCGAGGCCUUUGCGAUCGGUUUUUCGGCUAGCCGAAAACCGGCCGGUUCGAUUGAAACCGGUCGGUUAUCCGCUAACCGGAAAACCGUCUGCCAGCCCUAAUAUAUGGUCAUGUUAGCGUUGGUACAUCAAGUUUUCAUAGUUGAAUUCUCUUGAUUGUUUCCUCGAUUUUGAAGCGCACAGAACAAGAUGUUGUCAACAACCAAUGGUUGGCAGCACCGUGUCCAACCCCACUUCCUAAGGGGCAGACACUGACUGAAGCGCUUCUUGAGCUGGCGACGCGGGAAGCGGCCCUAGACCCUCUUCCUCCUGAUUAUGAUACGGACGCGGAAUGGGGUGAUUAUGAGGGUGGAUGUUGCGACGAAAGUCAUUUGGCGAAGGAAGAGCCGGAUUGGGGCUGGUUUCGCUCGAACAUGGUUCAUCCCCCAUGCCCAAGAUAUGAGAAGAGGGGUCUCCUGCUUGAUUCCGAUUAUUUCAUUCCCCGAAAUUUCUUACUUCUAUUGUUACGCGGAAGGAGAAGCUGCUGCAGCAGACCACAGUACUAGGCUAUGUCACUGCCGCAAUUGAGCGAAAUAAGAAGCUGCAGACCCAGACUACCGGCCGCUCAUCCAAUCAAGUAUCAACCCAUAAUCACAACCUCUGAGCCCUCCUCCACAGCACCUAACUCUGGCUCCUCACAUCAGAGGACGGCAUCAGAUAAGGCCUUUUUGGAUUCCGAUGUGAUUGCUGACCCAUAUCCACCACAGAUUUUCACCUUCCAAAUCCUUACUAACAUUGCAGGGUCAAGGAGGACACUGACUGAAGCGCUUGUUGAUAUGGCGGAGGCGGAAAUGGCGCGGCACCCUCCUCUUCCUCCUGAUUAUGAUUCCGACGCGCGGAAUGGGGUGAUUUGA